CUCAGGAAGCGCUCCUCGCUUCCAUGAUCAGUGGGCGUUUACUGACAAAAAUGAAAUUCAAUUGAGGAUUGCACACGUUAGGAGUGUUCCGUAGGCUGCUGUAGGCUACAGUGAAGAUGUUCAAGGAGGCUGUGGUCUUUCUGGCCAUACAGGCCCUGGUGGUCUCUAGUGACUCUGUGUGCCCUGACAGAGAGGUGUGCCAGGAGGAGCACACUUGCUGCCAAGGUCCCACUGGAGAGUACAGCUGUUGUCCUCAUCACCAAGCUGAGUGCUGUGAUGAUCACUUAUUCUGCUGCCCUGAGCACACUACCUGCCUUAUGGAGGGUGAGCACCCAAGAUGUGUCAACGCUACCAUCUCACUACCAAGGACAGAGAGGAUUCCAAGUCGACAGUCCAGCCUCUUAAAAUCUCUGCGGGUGAUCUCGGCCUCUCCUGAGAUCAAGGAUGCUGUGGUGUGCCCAGACAAGAGCUUCUGUCCCGCAGAGUUCUCCUGUGUUAAGCUGCCCAUCACCUUUGGAUGCUGUCCCAGCACACAGGGCAUUGUGUGUGCAGAUGGAAAGCACUGUUGUCCUGAGGGUCUCGAGUGCAGUUCUGACGGGAAAUCCUGUGUUCAACCACAAGAGCCUAUGGUGGCUGUGAUAUGCGGUGAUAGCAAGUCUGAGUGCCCACAGGGGACUUCCUGUUGCCAGGCCUGGGAUGGACUCUGGGGGUGUUGCCCCUUCCCACGGGCAGUUUGCUGUGAUGAUGAUGAACACUGUUGUCCCAAGGACAGCACCUGUGAUGUCAAGAACUCUAAAUGCAUAUCCUCCACCGAUCAGCACAUGCCAAUGUGGGUCAAAUUUCCUGCCCGCUUGAGAGCGGACUGGGAAGACCAUGCCGUCACUCCAGCGCCUGAGACAUCAAGCCAGCCAGAGGCUGCAAUGGCUAGAAAGGUUCCCUGUGAUGACAAAGUGGCAUGUGAAGAUGGCAACACUUGUUGUAAGACUACAGCAGGUGACUGGGCCUGCUGUCCUUUGCCAAAGGCUGUCUGCUGUGAUGACCACCUUUCCUGUUGUCCAGAGGGGACGACCUGUGACGUCGCGACAGGAAGCUGCCUGAGUCCCACUGGGCCUGUGCCAAUGCGGAAGAAGCUGGCAGCCUUGGCUCUGCCCCCUAAAGAAAAUGAUGUUAAAUGUGACUCCACUGCUAGCUGUCCGGAUGGGAGCACCUGCUGCAAGGAUGCACAGGGACAGUGGGGCUGUUGCCCCCUGCCUGAGGCUGUCUGCUGCGAUGAUCACGAAUCCUGCUGUCCGAAGGGGACGACCUGUGACGUCGCGACAGGAAGCUGCCUGAGUCCCACUGGGCCUGUGCCAAUGCUGAAGAAGCUGGCAGCCUUGGCGCUGCCCCCUAAAGAAAAUGAUGUUAAAUGUGACUCCACUGCUAGCUGUCCGGAUGGGAGCACCUGCUGCAAGGAUGCACAGGGACAGUGGGGCUGUUGCCCCCUGCCUGAGGCUGUCUGCUGCGAUGAUCACGAAUCCUGCUGUCCGAAGGGGACGACCUGUGACGUCGCGACAGGAAGCUGCCUGAGUCCCACUGGGCCUGUGCCAAUGCGGAAGAAGCUGGCAGCCUUGGCUCUGCCCCCUAAAGAAAAUGAUGUUAAAUGUGACUCCACUGCUAGCUGUCCGGAUGGGAGCACCUGCUGCAAGGAUGCACAGGGACAGUGGGGCUGUUGCCCCCUGCCUGAGGCUGUCUGUUGUGAUGAUCACGAAUCCUGCUGUCCGAAGGGGACGACCUGUGACGUCGCGACAGGAAGCUGCCUGAGUCCCACUGGGCCUGUGCCAAUGCGGAAGAAGCUGGCAGCCUUGGCUCUGCCCCCUAAAGUAAAUGAUGUUAAAUGUGACUCCACUGCUAGCUGUCCGGAUGGGAACACCUGCUGUAAGGAUGCACAGGGACAGUGGGGCUGUUGUCCCCUGCCUGAGGCUGUCUGCUGCGAUGAUCACGAAUCCUGCUGUCCGAAGGGGACGACCUGUGACGUCGCGACAGGAAGCUGCCUGAGUCCCACUGGGCCUGUGCCAAUGCUGAAGAAGCUGGCAGCUACUGCUGUGCACUCUGAGGUGGAGGAGGUGCCUUUAAAAGUGCAGUGUGACUCCACGACCUGCUGUGCCGACCACACCACCUGCUGCUUCAUGAAAAAGGAGAACCAAUGGGGCUGCUGUCCGUUCCCUAAUGCCUUAUGCUGUGAGGACGGGGAGCAUUGCUGCCCAUCGGACUACGAGUGUAACACGGACACGACCACGUGCACCAGGGGAGACACCAUCAUCCCCUGGUACAACAAGCUGCCCGCACAGAGCACUGCUAUGCCCAAUGAAGCCAUCACCACGGUGACCUGUGACUCUGACAACAGCUGCCCCUCUGGCUCCAGCUGCUGCCAGCUCUCCAAUGGGAAAUGGGGAUGCUGCCCACUGAUUGAGGCUGUGUGCUGCUCAGACCAGGCCCACUGCUGCCCACGAGGCUACAGCUGCAACCUGGAGGCUGGCUCCUGCGAGAAGUCCAUCCUGUUUCAGGCUCAGAUGCUGCCCCUGAUCAGGCUCGUGGAACGGGAACCAGAGACGCCUGCUGAUGACACCUGGCAGAAGGACGACCUGGAGAUCCAGUGUGAUGACCAGGUCUCUUGCCAAGAGCAGGAGACGUGCUGCAUGUCCGAAGACGGCUGGGGCUGCUGCCCGGCUCCAAAGGCCACCUGCUGUGCUGACAAGAAGCAUUGUUGUCCAGCAGGCUUAUCCUGUGGCGAGGGAGGUACUUGCAUUCAGGCCACCAGGUUCCACAAAGAUAACUGGCAGGUGUUCUUCUCGAAGAAGAAAAGAGCACUUGUCUAUUGAAAAUUUUGAGAUGGCUCCAUACAUUACACACACAUACAGUUAAUUUAUACCUUAUAUCCAUUAUGAUUUGGCCAGAGGGGAGUACAUGUUUGGAUGAACCCCGAGGUCAGAGUAAUUUCUCAUGUCCGGAGGAUAUCCAUAAUCUUGCACUUAAUCAAAAUAUAUGAAGUCAGAUUUGACUCAUCAUUUAUUUUACACUGAAAGCUUGGUACCGUUACAUCUCCCAUGGGGUAACUUAUUGCAGCAAUCACUUCAGUGGUUGUGGACAGGUGUUGUUAACAAGCUCAUUGUAGACAGUUCUUGUCAGUUCUUGAGUCACUCCAAGAUGUGAUAAUUAACAUGCACUGCUUAUCACUUAAAUAAAUCAAUUUUAAGAUGUACAAUUUCUUUUAAAAGACAUUGCUCAUGAAUGUCUGAAGGAUCUCAAAUAAAGCCAUUUUAAAACA